CGAGCAGCUAAUCAUUCCACUCUACCUCGACAACCCUCGCUCUCUUCCUCAGUAUGGGCGUCUCGAUCAUAGACGCCCAGCGCGACAUCAUUCUAAAUGUACUCCGCUCCACCACCCAAGGCCAGUGGAAGGUCUUGGUUGUCGACGACUCUAGCAAGAAGCUGCUCGACAAUCUCCUACACGAAGACGAAAUCUUGGCCGAAAACAUCACCAACAUUGAGAAGAUCGAAGAUCGUCGCCCAAAGAACCCUGAUGUCGAUGCCAUCUAUCUCAUCUCUCCUCACUCCCACAUCGUCGACUGUGUCAUGGCCGACCUUGAUCGCCGACGCUAUAGAAAGACCAAUCUCAUCUGGACCUCGCUACUGCCACCGCACAUGAAGGACCGCAUAGACAAGUCCUCCGUCGCCCGCGAUCAAAUCACCAUCUUCCGCGUCCUCAACAUCGACUUCUUCCCUCGCGAAUCCCAUCUCGUCACCUUUCGCGACCCUUGGAGCUUUCCAAUCUUGUUUCACCCUGCCUGCAACAACCUGAUCCGGCAGCACAUGGAAGACCUCGCUCAAAAGAUUGUCGGCGUGUGUGUUGCCCUCGGCGAAUUUCCCGACAUCAGAUAUUACCGUCCCCGUACUCCCACCCACGAAGCCAGUGUACUGUGCUCUCACCUCGCUCGUUUUGUCCAGGAGGAGCUCAACUUGUACGCAAACUUCCACAAGGACUUUCCUCCACCAAGCAAUCGUCCUCGUGCGACUCUAUACAUUACCGACAGGUCCAUGGAUGUCCUUGCUCCUUUGCUCCAUGAAUUCACCUACCAGGCCAUGGCUCAUGAUCUGCUACCCAUUCGCGAAGGUGACAAGAUCACUUACAAGACCAUCGUCAAUCAAGGCACCCCCAAGCAGGAGGAGAAGGAUUAUGAAAUCUCGGAAAAAGAUCGCAUCUGGACAGAAAAUCGCCAUCUACACAUGAAAGACACUAUCGAAAAGUUGAUGGGUGACUUUCAAAAAUUCAUAGACGAGAAUCCUCACUUUACCAAAGAGAGUGAUCCUAGUGGUAUGAAUGGUCUGAACACAAUCAAGGACAUGUUGGCUGGUCUCCCGCAGUUCGAGGAGAUGAAGGGCGCCUAUUCACUGCAUCUUGGUAUGGCCCAAGAAUGUAUGGAUCUGUUCCAACGUCACAAGCUUCCAGACAUGGCUUCAGUUGAGCAGAUUCUAGCCACUGGUCUUGACGAGGACUAUCGAAAGCCCAAACACAUAACGGAUCAAGUCGUACGGACCCUCGACGAUGAUGGGAUCGUAGCGUCCGACAGGCUACGUUUGAUUGCGCUCUAUCUCAUCUACAAGGACGGUCUUCUACCGGCGGAUCUCGUCAAACUUUUACUUCAUGCACAACUUCCGCCUCAACAUGCCGAGAUGUUGCACAAUUUCAGCCUCUUGGGAGUACGCACAUCCCGAAACCUCAAAGAUUCGCGUCCUCCGCCUAUCCCUCUUUUCCCUCAAAAACCACCACCGACCUUGGUGCAAGAAGAAUAUGCCCUGAGUCGUUUUGAGACGGCUCUUCAAAGACUUCUGGCCAACCACACGACCAACACUGUCGACGCUACAGUAUUCCCUUACAUAAAACCGCCGAUUGAUCUUGGUGAAGCUGAUGUUGGUCCUGCGCCUACUUCUCUACGAUCGGCUAAGCCAACAUGGGCAAAGGCGAAAUCAUCGACUACUGAACCUCGGCAGAGAGUGAUUGUUUUCAUGGCAGGCGGUGCAACGUACUCGGAGAGUCGAGUUUGUUACGACAUGACACGGCAGAGCAACAAAGAGGUGUUCCUGUUGACCAGUCACAUGCUCACCCCAGCCUUCUUCAUCCGUCAGGUUGGAGAUCUCAGUACGGACAAACGCAAGCUUGGUAUACCUGCCGAACAAGCACCUAAACAGGCCCCUGCUCAUCUGUUCGAGCGUGAGCCAGCACCAGCACCGCGGCCAGUGCAGGCAGCACCGCUGAAGCCUGUCGUUCAGACUCAAGCGCCCACUGCAGCCAUGAACAACCUGAGCCUGAACUCCAAGCAGCCGAAUGGCUCAGCGACACCAGUUCCGGCACAGAGCAGCUCGAAGCUCCAGAAAGAGCCGGAAAAGAAGAAGCGACACUUUUUCUCCAGCAAGCGAGGAUAG